UUCAAUAGUGUCAACAUGAAGGGAUACAUUGCAAUCGUUUUUCUCUGUGCUGCUGGCGUGGUCGGCGUGCAGGCGGCUUCUGUGGCCACGCCCACCUGUGGCGGCACCACCGCCGCGAAGGACAUAAAGCUGGUGAAGCCGACGAAUCCGCCACGCGAAUGCGCCUAUCACAUCAAUGCGUACAGCAAAUACGUUUGCCAGCUGCGCAUCGAUUUCGCCAUGACGCUCGCCCAGCCCACGCUGCAGGAUCAGGCGCAAUCGGAUCUGAGGACGGUCGAGUGCACGCAGGACUACUUCGAGGUGAACGGACUGCGCCUGUGCGGCGUCGAGACCUGGCAGCACAUCUAUGUGCCGUUCAAUGCCAGCGCCGGCGUCUCGCGCGUCGAAUUGCUCAUCAUGCUGGCGAAUCGUGCUGGCGGCGCCUACCUGCCGACGCCCGAGUGGAAUAUGGUCGUCACACAGCUGGAAUGUCCAACCGGUUCGUCUGUGCGUGGUGCAGUGGAGGCUACACAGCCGGAGGCACGUGCCAGUUCAUUCAAUGAUGGUUUCCUGGUGGCACCAGUCGGCUGCCUGCAAUACUUCCCGGAUGGCAAAGGCGUUGUCAAGUCCUUCAACUACAACGAUGGCAAAGGCAUCUAUCCGUCGCACAUGAACUAUGCCAUCUGCUUUAGACGCACAGCAACAACUACGGCGCUCAUCAUUCGAUCGUACUUCUUCCAAGUGGGCUCUGAGACUGCGGCCAGCAAUUUGUUGACUGAUAGCGCCUGUUAUCGCAGCGGCAGCUCGGGCGUUCAAAGCGCCGAUUUUCUAAUGGUACCCCAGGCCCUGCUCGUGGAUAACAGCGAACGUGCCACGUAUUUCUGUGGCGAAACCAAUAAGGAUGUCGUCAUCAGCAGCAACAGCCCGGGUCCUUUGAUGGUGGUUUUCAACAGCGAUGAAAUCUACCAAUCCAACGAGGCUGGCUUCGCUUUUACCUACACUGUGGAGUAAAAAGCUUUUCGAGCUUUUUGAGCUGUUCAAAAAUGCGAAAUAAAUCAAGUGAAAACACAAAA